UCUACAUCAUCCAAACACUAGUCGGCGUCUCUCUCCAAUUCCAUCCUCUUUUCAAUCGAUGAGACCCUAGCCCCCAAAUUGGAGUUUUGGAAACCCUAAUAAUUUCCUACAAAUUUUAUGAUCCACCACGAUUUUCCUGCCGACUCGCCCUCUAUUGUCCGAUGAUCAGUUUUGUUUGGGUUCUGGGCCAUGUCUAAGGGUCUAAAAGCUUCGUUGGAUUGAAGAAGAUAAUGAUCGAAUCGUCGAGAUUCUCCUACCAACUAUUUUAUGGGUUUGAGCAAUGCCGGAGCUUCGCAGAGGAGUACGCCGAGGUCGCGCUAGGGUAGCACACAAGCGAUCGGACCCGCCUCCCUUGCGAAAUUACGUGAAGACACGUGCCGCCGUCGCCAGAGAAGCUGCCGAGGCCUUGGCGAGGCCCAGGACAAGGUUGGCAGCUAGAAAGUUGAAGGAGGGGGAUCAGGACGACCAGGUGAUUGUGAUAUCCGAGAAGGACAGCGAUUCAGGGCGUAGAAAGGGUAAAGAGAAGGGUGUGGAACAAGACAAAGCUGCGAUGGGUGAUGAUAGCGGCGGUUUGAGUGCUAAUAAAGCUGCCGGGCAAGAAGAAGAGGGUAACACCGCGCCUUUUCCCGAAAGGGUUCAAGUAGGAGGCUCACCUCAAUAUAAGGUAGAGAGGAGGUUGGGUAAAGGUGGGUUUGGUCAGGUGUUUGUUGGUCGUCGUGUUACGGGUGGAAAUGAUCGCACAAGUGGUUCUGGGGCUAUAGAGGUGGCACUAAAAUUUGAGCAUAGAAACAGCAAAGGCUGUAAUUAUGGUCCUCCAUAUGAGUGGCAAGUGUACAACACGCUUGGUGGUAGUCAUGGAGUGCCUAAAGUGCACUACAAAGGAAGGCAAGGAGAUUAUUAUGUAAUGGUUAUGGACAUGCUCGGACCAAGUUUAUGGGAUGUAUGGAACUCUUCAGGGCAGGCAAUGUCUGCAGAAAUGGUGGCUUGUAUUGCAGUUGAGUCUUUAUCAAUUCUGGAGAAGAUGCACUCAAGAGGUUAUGUGCAUGGAGAUGUAAAGCCAGAAAACUUUUUACUUGGUCAGCCAUCUACUCCCCAAGAGAAGAAGUUGUUUCUUGUUGAUCUUGGAUUAGCAACAAAGUGGAAAGAUAGCUCCAAUGGACAGCAUGUUGAAUAUGAUCAGCGUCCUGAUAUGUUUAGAGGAACUGUUCGAUAUGCUAGUGUUCAUGCUCACUUAGGAAGAACUGCUAGUAGAAGAGAUGAUCUUGAAUCCCUUGCAUAUACGCUCAUUUUUCUCUUAAGAGGCAGGUUACCAUGGCAAGGUUAUCAGGGUGAUAACAAGUCAUUCCUGGUUUGCAAAAAAAAGAUGGCAACAUCUCCCGAAAUGUUGUGCUGCUUCUGCCCUCCACCUCUUAAGCAAUUUCUUGAGAUCGUGGUGAACAUGAAAUUUGAUGAAGAGCCAAAUUAUUCAAAGCUAAUAUCUUUGUUUGAGGGUUUGAUAGGAUCAAAUCCAGCAGGAAGGCCAAUUAAAAUUGAUGGUGCUCAAAAGAUAAUUAGUCAAGUUGGACAAAAACGGGGUAGAUUGAAUAUUGAGGAAGAAGAUGAUGGGCAACCUAGGAAGAAGGUUCGCCUAGGAGUUCCUGCCACUCAAUGGAUUUCGGUUUACAAUGCUAGACUACCAAUGAAACAAAGGUACCAUUACAAUGUGGCUGAUGCAAGGUUAGCACAACAUGUGGAGAGAGGUAUGGCAGAUGGUCUGCUUAUAAGUUGUGUUUCAUCUUGCUCUAAUCUUUGGGCACUUAUUAUGGAUGCUGGAACUGGUUUUACAACCCAAGUUUAUGAACUGUCUCCAUUCUUCUUACACAAGGAGUGGAUCAUGGAACAAUGGGAGAAAAACUAUUACAUUAGUUCUAUUGCUGGUGCUAACAAUGGAAGCUCCCUUGUAGUGAUGUCCAAAGGAACCCAAUACACCCAACAAUCUUACAAAGUAAGUGAUUCUUUCCCAUUCAAGUGGAUCAAUAAGAAAUGGAGAGAAGGAUUUCAUGUGACCUCAAUGGCAACUGCUGGGAGCCGCUGGGGUGUUGUCAUGUCACGCAAUGCUGGCUUUAGUGAUCAGGUCGUGGAACUUGAUUUUCUUUAUCCAAGUGAGGGCAUUCACCGACGUUGGGAUAAUGGUUACCGUAUAACAUCAACAGCUGCAACUUGGGAUCAAGCUGCUCUUAUUUUGAGUGUCCCUAGGCGCAAACCUGGGGAUGAGACUCAGGAAACUCUCCGUACAUCUCAGUUUCCAAGUACACAUGUUAAGGAAAAGUGGGCUAAGAAUCUUUAUCUUGCCUGUUUGUGUUAUGGCCGAACUGUGUCAUGAGCCCUUUAAAUUGCAAGGAACUCAGGCGUAUGGAAGAAGAAAUUAUAAUUUUUUGCUGUUCCUUUUCUGCCCUAUCAGUGGGCUUUUGUUUUUUUUCGUAUUAUUUGUAAAAAUUGGUUGUAGCCUAGUAGUUGGCUGCAGCAGCACUGAAGGUUGUUGGUGCAUGUUGCAGCAUAACCAAAUGUUGUAUGAUAAAUACUUCGUUGAAGGUGCACGGUUGGCAUUUUAAUUAGUUCUCAUUUGCUGAUAAUUAUAUAUAUUUUUAUCGCA